GUAGGACGUGCUUGUCGUAAAAUAUAGAUAAAGACCAAAUAAUAAUAAUGAUAUUAUAUAAACCGAAUGGUUAUUCGUCGAGAUUAGAUCAUUUUUUUUUUCCUUUUGGACGAGUUGCGCGCGUAUAAUAUAAUAUAAUAUAAAUCAUUAUAUAGUCGUCGUCCCCACCUUGACGGUGAACUAUAUAUGUACCGCAAUACAAUUCCGUCAGUGAUCCGCUUGCAUUGAUGGUACCUGCCGUACAAAACCGACCGAAUAAUAUUAUUAUUUAUUAUUGUGCAUAAAACAACUGCGACUCGAUACGACGACGACGAUAUCGUACCAUUGACAUAUCGCAUGCGAUCGAUCGAUUCAUCAUCGGCGGACCGUCUUCGAACGCUGCGCCCGAACAAUAGAUAUACUAUUAUUAUCAUUUAUCACAUUAGACGAAUUUCAAACGAAUUGCUGUGUUCGUCGGAACGCUGGACCACGAUCGCCGUCUGUCUGAUAAUACUUCUACUGCUACUGCACACACCGUGUCGGUAAUGUAGACACACACACGCGCACACACACACACACACACACACACACACACACACACACAUUCAGCCGAGGUACAUACUACUCACCGCCCACGCUUUAUAUGUACCUGAGGAGACGUAACAAUAGUUAUUUGGUUAUCGCGUGCACGCUGGCCUUGGGUAUUCUCAUCUGUAUGCCCGUCACAGCUCACUCGUUCAUCAGAGAUCGCUGUUUCAUGCCACCAGACGAUGGCAGUUGUGGAAAUCGAUUGACUUUGAGAGUAAAAUACUACUUUGACUCAACUAAUGACGACUGCUCAGAAUUCCUUUACUUCGGUUGUGGUGGCAACGAUAAUCGAUUUGACACAUUCGAAGAAUGCGAAAAUGCAUGCGUAUUCUACGGGUUUUAAAAUAAGCCAUCUUCCACUGGAUCUUCUGUGUUGGCAGCCGACGUUUUGCAAUUGUCAAUAAUUGUUAUAUAUAUUCAUGGAGUGGAAAAAUAUCAAGACAUUUUGUUUUAUAAUAUUGGGAAGAAUGACGUGUAUAAUGAUGUGAACAGUGGACAUUUAAUAAAUGAAUAUGUUAUCAUAAUUAAAUUUAAAUUUCAACAAUUUGUAAUAUUAUUGAUAAUGAUUUAAGUUACAAUAAUUGUUUU